AUGGAUUCUCUGCCUGGAAUAAUUAAAAAGUUUGGUUGCGGUUGGUGUUCUUACAAAACUGAUUCAAAGGCACAUUUAAUGAGGCACAGCAAAUCAAUGCAUAAAAAUGUUGAAAUGAAAAUUGUCCUUAAUCCCACUUAUAUUCCUCCUUCAAAACAGCCAAAAGAUUUGAAACGCAAACAUCAAUGCGAGAUGUGCAGCUAUCAAACUGAUUGCAAAUCUCAUUUAAGAAGACAUCAAGGCAGCGUACAUUGCAAGGACAAACUUUAUGAAUGCCCAACUUGCAAAAUUGAAUUUGCCAGAUCUGAACAAGCAAAAAUUCAUCACAUGGCUUAUCAUCCUGAAAAGCAUUUUGAUAUAAGAAACAUGCAUAAACCAGCUUCUAAUGCAAAGCAACUUAAACUUUCAGUAAAUGAUAAAAUGGAGAAGAUCAAAACAUUGUUUGAUGAAGUUGAACACUUUACUGAUAAUCUUCACCAGCUACUGCGAGUUAACAAUGCAUUUGUUUGUUUGAAAUGUAAUUAUUCAUGUCGAGAUAUGUGGCAUUUGAAAAGACAUGUUCUUGAUGUUCAUUCAACUCUGAAAGAUUUCAACUGCAAAGUUUGUCAUUAUGCAACCAGUCGAGCUCAUAGAUUAUAUUGCCACAUGUUGAAACAUGGGGAGUUGUUUUGUCACCUUUGCGAAUUUUCUACAGUUAAUCCUGAAAUUUAUAAAUUGCAUUCUCAGACCUGUACAGCAGCACAAAAAUCACUCAAUUGUUCAAUUUGUUCAGUUGAUUUUGAGCAGAUGGGUGUGUACAGAGAUCACAUAAGUUCUCAUCAU